UAUACGCAGAGCCAUUCGGAUAGAGCAAUUAAUGUGUGCAACAACAAUCGUUUCAAUCGAGACUUUUCCAAUGUUUUCAAUGCUUACGUGGGUCUUCCCCUUCUUCCACCUACGCGAUUAAAUAUAUUCUAAAGAGUUUCCUAGUCUCAAGCAUGUAUUGUGUAUGUUAACAUCUGUAGUGUGUCAAGCAAUUCAUUUUUUGAAAUUCAAAAAAUUUCACUUGCCGUUAAUUAUUCACGUGAACAAAAGGAUAUUUUGCAAAGAAAUGCAAGCCGAGGAAAGAAUAGAUUCAACAUUAACACACAGAAAAACUACAAAUGAGAAACCUACAAAUGAAGAUAAAGAAAUUGAUGUAAAUUCAUCGGAAAAUGAAGUUGAAGACGAGAAAUUAGAAUCUUUGGAAACAACUGAUCCACCUAAAAUUCGACAACAAGAAGAUUUUACCACAUGGGGAAAUGUGAAAUAUAAAUUUUAUUUAUUCAGAUAUUAUCACUAUUAUUAUGCGGAUAAAUUAGAUAAAUAUUUAGCUGCCGGUUGUUUAUGGAUUAUGCGAGUUUAUUUUAGAUUUCUUGGCCUUGUUGAAGAGGCCGAAACAAGAGACGAGGAAUAAAUUAUUUAAAUUUCUCAAAAUUCUAACAAAAUGAUUUUAAAAUUAUAGUAAUAAUUUUUUCUACCAUAUAUAUUAAAUUAUAUUCAAAAAUUUUAAAUAUUCUUUAAUCUAAAAAAAUUCUGUACAUUUUUCUCGUAAAAGAAAUUAUAUUAUAUCUAACUUUUUGUAUAUAUAAUAUCAAGAAUAUAUUCUAUGUUUCAAAGCGGAA